AUUUGCUAAAAACAAAUAUUAUUGAAAAUUAAAAAUCCUUAUGUCAAAUAAAACCUAGAUGUUAACACAUGCAUAGGCUAAUGGUGAUGAUGUACCAUAAGUCUCUGUAAUUUAAUAAAUGAGACAAAAUAAUUAUGAUUAAGAGGAUGUUCCAUUAAAGACAAGAUUACCUUAAUCAUAAAUAAACUAAAAUUAAAACUAAGUAUAAGAGGUAGUAGAUAAUUUACGAUAACCUAUUCAAUAACCUUUGUCCUAACAUUUAGUGUUAUAAUAGCGAUAAUAAUAAUAUGAAAUGAUUCUAUAAAAAAAGUAAUUAGAUCAACCUAAUGAGGUUUAUGAUGAAAAUAAAUCAUUUGGAAAUUAAGAAUUCAAAAAAGAAGAUAGAUGUAUUCUUAUUUGAUAGUAUUAAGCAAUCUUGCUUGCUCCUUCAAAACCUUAUAGUAGAGAGCCUUAAGUGUUAAAAUGUGAAAAAUGCUAGAUUGUAAUGAUAUCAAAAGUGGAAUCUAAACCAGGAUGGGGAAGCUGUCUUUGUUGCUGUUUAAUGCUUUUAACGCCUUUUUUCUUUUUAUUUUUUUUACCUUUUUGUAUGAGAGUAUUAAGUAUAUGAUUAAUAAGUACUGUAAAGAUGCUCAUCACUAUUGUUAAUCCUGUUCAAAUAAAUUGGGUACAUAUUAUUUUAUUUGUGAAUGACAAAAUAUAGUUU